GGAAGGUUGAGAGCCACUGCUGUGAGCGAUGGAGAGCAAAGACCCUUUUUUGGAUGUAGACAGCCACAUUCGUAUUAAAGCAGCACCUCUUCAACAAGGGAGGCGCUGGCGUGGAGAGGCGGCCAAGGCGACGCCGGAGAGCGCUUCGCGGGGACUGCCUUCAAGGCAAAGGAGGGCUGCCGAGGGAUCUCGUUGCCACCCAUCCCGAAGAAAAAGAAAAGGGAAUGCAAGAUGGCAACCCACAAGCAUCGUUACAAAAAGAGCACGUUUCCUCCACUUCUCCCAGUUAAUUUCAAGACUCAGAUCAAUCCAAACCAAGAAAAGUCAGAAACAGGCAAUAAAGGGAGGACAAGAGACAGCAACAAAGUUUUGAGCGACGAAGAGAAAGAAGCACUCAUUAAACAAGCUCUGCAAGAAAAGUACUAUCUUGAAACCUACAAGAAUCUGUGCAAGCUCAGGAAGAUCCUCGGUGAGCGUUACAGAAUUUUGUUGAAUGAGAAAGUUCAGAAGCAACGAAUUCAGAUCAAGAUGUUUGAUCUCAAAUACCAACAAGAGCUUAAACAGAAAGCAAAAAAGCAUCGUCCUGGUCAUAAAAUGCCCUUCUGCAAAUUGUCUCAUGAUACAAAAUACCUGGAGUCCAUCCCACAGUCGCGCAGUUAUUUGAUCAUUGGGUUGCAGAAUGAAUUAACUAAACUCAGAAUCAUAAAGAACCAGCAAGAUUAUGAAGACUUUUGGAAACUUGCCCAGGAAGGCUUUCAUGGUUCCAAUAUCAAAGAAAAGCUUCCGGAUAUAAAAGCAAAAAUGUUUGCUGCAAAGUCUAUGUUUCUCUCAACACCAGCAAGAAUUCUCCCACAACAGCAAGCAAAUGGCUCUACAAACAGCAAAAGACUGAAAAAAGGCUCAGUGUCUUCACUGCAGUCUACAGCUACUUGCCAGCCAACAAUUCAUCAUGAGGGUAAACAGCGAGAAACUGAGCAAAUGUUUCCCAAGUUGCUGCUCUCUUGGCUUUCUGAAGUGCAGAAGAGGCAUGGGGAGCCAUCCCAAACCCAGCAGGUGGUGACCUCAACAGAUAAUCUUCAUCAGAAUGAAACAUUUGAAAGACGAAGGAAAAAUGAAAAGCAUCUUCACUGUUUGCACCAUAUGUAUAGUUUUUCCCUUCACAACAUGGCUUUUUCCAAGAAGCUUCUAGAAGAAAAUGGACAAUUUGCCAACAUGAGAAAAGAACAAAGUGUUCAUGAUCUGGUGGAAUAUUUAUUUCCAAGUAAGCAUGAAGGAUCGAAAGUGAAUCCAAACAGGAUGAUUGUAGGGGCAAAGCAACAGGAAAUGCAUCAUAAGCGCUUCUCAAAAAUAUUCAGACUUCCGAAAGAAAAUAAGGCAUUGAAGCAAGAGAAAGAGAAAGAUCUUGUUGAAAUAAUGGAAGAUGAGAAAAAUAAUACCACUUUCUUGACCAAACAUGAAAUGAUUCCUGUACCUUUAACUCUGGAAGAUGUUGCACUCUACAACCCUGUUUUGGAAGCCAAGCUGUUGGGUAACUACUGGAUAAACUAUGCUGACCAAAACUCCAUCAACAACAAUGAAAAAUCCUAAUUACAAAUUCAGCCUUCUGUCAAAACUUUGUGGAUGCUGGUGGUUAUGAGAAUUUCAAGAAAAUAGUCUGAGAAAAUAGAAGUAUCACUGGAUAUUUUUUUUAAGGAGAAGUACAGCAAGCAAAUAUCUUGGCUUCCCAACACAUUUUGACCUAGAGGAACUCAUCUGCUCUAAACAAAUUGUUUGGGCUAUUAAGCCCUGAGUAGACCUCCUGAUUUUUCCCCAUCUUUAUAGACUUCUUAUUUUCAUGUUCCCUAUAAGAGAUAAUUAGAAUCUAGAAGAAACUUCCAUAAACAUGUCUGAAUAAUUAUGCAAUCAAGAUGAGUGAAAAGAAAAGCAAAAACAGACAACAGACAUAAUAUGGAAGUUUUCUGGUCACAUAAACAAAGAGAUUCUCAUACAUACUUUUCAAUGCUUUUUGCUCUUCUCUGAUACAUUUGUAUAAUCCUUCCUUCUUUGGAGGUUCCCUACCCUUAAUGUUAUUAUGGUACUUUUUCAUAAAUAUCUUUAAAGAACAUAAUUAAAUUUACCCAAAUUAUAAAUAUUUGACAGCCAGAUAGGUUGUUG